CCUUGGGCUCUUCAAAGCUACUUUAAUCAGUUGUUUUGUUUUUCUUUGUAUAUUUGUUAACACAUCAAUCUAGAUUUCUGUCUCGGUUCUUUUGUGUCUCGCAAUAUGAAGAUGUGACACGUUUGUGCUGUCGCCGCAAAUAAGAUGCCAUCGUCCCGACCUCAAUACAACGAAAUCACGCCAAAGCCGAGCAGCACGGUGCGUCCACAAUGGAAAAUGCUGCAGAUAUUCGUCUAUGCAACGACUGCGAUAUCCGGAUAUGCCUGCGCGAUCAUCUUCGGCUACUGGCUGCAGGGUCUUCAGGGCCAGUGUCCACUUUACGCGGAAAUAAAAUUUCGACCAUUUGACAACAAAAGCAGCGUCGCAAAGUUUGAAAUUGAUUUCACGACCAGCAAGUGGGGCAGAGACGCCCUUUGCUCUUUUUGCCAGUUCGUGCCCCUCCUGACUGCCGUUUAUGCUCUUAUUUGGGGUGGAUCUUUUGCUUUUUGUGGAAGAGGAGGCAAAUCCUCAGAUGGAGUUGAACCAUGGAAGCUGGUUUUUGCGGCGUUUGCUUUCAACAUAGUCUUCAUGCCAAUCGCAAUGACCGCAGCGGCGUUGACCUCCUCAGGACUGAAAGAAACCUGCAACCUUUUGUCCACGUAUUUGGAAGAACUGGGACAACCUAAGCUUGCAAGAGAAGUUUGCACUGGGAAGGUGGAUCCGGGCUUCAAGGUACCACAAACAUCUAGCUUGGAUACAUUAGAGACUUUUGCUUGGAUAAGUGCUGGUGGUUGGGGACUGGCUGCCCUCCUCCUAUUUAUUCGCUAUCUGUGCCUUGCAGACUUUGACCUGAUGCCAGCUUCAGACGUGAAGCAAACUGCAGUUCCUAGACCCAGCACGUCUUCUGAGGAUAAAACAAUAACUGUAGAUUGCUAAGGACCUGAAAUCUCUUCUGAAGUCUGAUGACCUGUGUUUGAGUAUACGUAAUGCUAAGUAAGCAGUUUCAAAAUAAAUCUUAGUUCCUUCUGUUGUUACCUGUCAGCUUUACUAGAGUGUUGUGUAACUUUCUUUUGAGUGGGGAAAUUGCUCCAAAUGAUCGCAAUUAUCACGUCGUUCUAAUUUUUGUCUUACAGUUUUAUAUCACAGGUUUGUGAUAAGGAUCAAAUUAGCUUUAAGUUAAUUUCGCCUAUUUGCGGCAGGCAUUUGAAUUUCAUCUAAUUUUAAGAGUGAAAUGGUUUGAGUGUGCAAGCUUCUCUCAAUUAAUCUAAAAAGCGUGACCUUUAAAGAAGUCUGACUGAUUCUUGCAAUUCCUUUUUUAUUCUAUAUCUCUAUGACUUGCAAUAAGUUAAUUGUGUCGCAAAAUAAACUGAACAAGUUAAUAUUGAAACGAAAA